CUAAUCCUCAGCCCACACCGCUCCUCUCGACCCGGGUCUUCAUGAUAGUCUGGAACUCUAUUAUCUAGAUCAUUCCCUCACGAUGAAAGGCCAAGUGAUCGUGUCGGACGAGAUAAGUUCUCCUGGCGGCGUUUUUAUGGAUGACGCCCAACCCAAGGGCCCCGUUAACCCCACAACUGCUCCUUCAUCUAUGGUUCUAGGGACAACCGAUCUUGGGUUCAAUCCCUCCGCCCCGGGGAUGGUGAGCUCCGAUCCAACCCCAGGUUCCACUAAAUCUCCCCCAUCAUUGGCUGACCACUUGAGGUCCUACAUCACUCCCCACGAGCCUUCUGAUGCCGAAGAGGUCAGAGGCUUGGCAGCUCCUCCGAACAAUCCGGCGGAUGCCGAAUUACCUUUGUGCUAUGAGAUUUCACUCAUUCUUCUUGUAAGCCAUAGAUUUUCUCUAGAAGCCUGGGCUCAAUUCGAGCAAAACUGGGGCUCCAUCAAGGGUUGACCCUCCACUAUAAAGGAUUCCCACAUCAAGGCAAAAAAGGUCGUCGACAAGAUUAGGGAUGUGACUCCAGGCUCUAUUUAUGACGGUAUCUUCCAUUGUCCUGGCCUGGUUUCCUUGAGCUUGGCUUUGUGGACCAGGUAAGUCUUCUUCAAUCCUAUCUAUAAGUGAAUGUUUAUUUUACUUAUAUGUAGGUGCAUGGUAGACCUUAAUCAAAAUAGGAACUCUCU